AUGCCCUUUGGCCUCACUAAUGCUCCAACUACAUUUCAAGCUUUAAUGAAUGAGGUAUUUCGGCCUGCAUUGAGGAAAUUUAUUCCGGUGUUUUUUGAUGAUAUUUUGAUCUAUAGCAAGACUAUGUCUGAACAUAUGGAGCAUCUCAAGUAUACCUUCUCAUUACUUAGACAACAUAAGUUCUAUGCCAAGAUGACUAAAUUUUGUUUUGGCCAAUCCUCUCUAGAGUAUUUGGGUCAUAUCAUCACAGCAGCAGGUGUUUGUGCUGAUCCAAGCAAAAUUGCUUGUAUGCAAUCUUGGCCAACACCAUCCACCUUAAAGGAAUUAAGAGGAUUUCUUGGACUUACAGGCUACUACAGGAAAUUUGUCAAGAACUAUGGAGCAAUAAGUAAACCUCUCACUGAUCUUCUCAAGAAAAAUUCUUUUCUUUGGACUUCAGCUGCUACUACUGCUUUUGAGAACCUCAAGACUGCAAUGAGUAACACUCCUGUCUUUCCAUAUUUUCAAUAG